AUGUGGCGUAUCAUAACAGAAGGAAAUUUCAUUCCAAGAGUAAACCAAGCUGAUCCAACAUCAGAUGAAAAAAGACAAGCAAACUGGACAACUGAAGAUAAAAAUAAGGUACUUCUAAAUUCUAAAUCUCAAUUAUUUUUAUCUUGUGCUUUAAGUAGCGAAGAAAGCGAAAGAGUUGAUAAAUGCAACACUGCUAAAGAAGUAUUGGACACACUACAAACCCAUCACGAAGGAACAAGUCAUAUGAAAGAAACAAGGAUUGACAUAGGCAUAAGAAAAUUUGAACUAUUUGAAAUUAAUGAAGGAGAAACCAUUGAUGAGAUGUUCUCGAGGUUUACAACCAUUGUAAAUGAAAUGCGUUCAUUAGGGAAAGCAUACUCAUUACAAGAUAGAUUUAGAAAGAUCAUGAUAGAGCCAGGCCAAGAGUCUUGA